UUCCCUUUCUCUCUCUAAACCACAUUUUCUUUCUCUUCUAUAAAUUUCCUGUUCUGUUGCAACACACAUUGCACAUCUUCCUUUCUCUCUCUUCACCACCAAACUUCUUGUAAUUUAGAGGCACCAGCACCUUACUUGAAACCACCCACAUUGAGUUUAAGGGCACCUUGCUGUACCUAAUGGGACUUGAGCUCCGAAUCUAAGGGUAUCCACUUUCAUUUGGGUCAUCUCUAGCAAAAGUAAUUUCCUCUAGAACAAGAGCCCUUCCAGUCUAGUGAAGGGCACUUCCCUCUGAUUCAAGGGCACUCUCCCUAUUUUGGCUGACCCUCCUCUACUUCAAAGCCAUUUUUUCACCUCAUUUUCCUCUAGAAAUUUAGUUUACUCUAAUUGAGGAUCCCCCCAAAGUUUAGAGCUCAUUUUCCUCUAAUCAAGAGGAGUCCUCUUUCUCUCUCUCUCUCUCUGCGCACACAAGGGAAAGCAUCUCUAUUCUAGGACAUGAAUUAAGUCCCCAACACCCCAAAUUUAGGGUACCCACCCCUAAGGACCACCACCUCUUGGUCCAUCUCACAGUAGCCAGAGAUCCCCACAUCAAAUUUGGAGGCAGUUUCCCUAAAUUUUAAGUGAGAGAAAGAGAUCUAAGUGGUAGGAAGAUGAGGGAAAUGACAGGAAGAAAGCAAAGUGCAGCUUCUCCAUGCGCCGCUUGUAAACUACUGAGGCGAAGGUGCGCCCAAGACUGUGUUUUUGCACCCUACUUCCCUUCUGAUGAGCCCCAAAAGUUUGCAAAUGUUCACAAGGUGUUUGGUGCUAGCAAUGUCAACAAGAUGCUCCAGGAGCUUCCAGAGCACCAACGCGGAGAUGCAGUGAGCAGCAUGGUGUAUGAAGCGAACGCGAGGGUCCGUGAUCCAGUGUACGGUUGCGUCGGGGCGAUCUCGUCCCUCCAACAACAAAUCGACGCCCUGCAAACGCAGUUGGCUCUUACCCAGGCUGAGGUGGUGCAAUUGCGCAUGCGUGCUUCCAUGCUCUCUAGCCUUGUUGGUGGGCCCAUGGAUGGGUCCCUGCCUCCGAAUAAGCAUGGGGUCCACCAUGCCAAGUCCAUGUUUGCUGUAGAGGUGGACCAACCCAACCUGAGUGAGACUCUAUGGACUUGCUAGAGAGAGAAACCUAAUUAUGCCUACUUCACAUGCUCUUAGCCUCUCUCUCUCAUCCUAACUAAGCCUCUCUUUCUCUCUCUAAGCAUAGUUAUGCCUAUUUCACAUGUUUUUAGGGUUUCUCUCAUGCCCUAUGUGGGAUGUUACUCUCAUUCCUCAAGUGGGGUGCCCCUAUUUAAGAGGGGUCUUUCUUUCUCUCUCUCUCUCUCUAAGGGAUUUACAGGGCUCUAGAUUGAGAUAUUGUACUUAUUUUCCCCUUUUCUCUCUCUAAACUAUGUGCCUCCGUGUUAUUAGAGGAGAUGACCCAAUUGUUGGGUGUUUAAGAUUAACUAUAUUGUAAAUAUUGUUUUUAACAUAGAUCAUCAUAUAUGAAUAUGGAUGUUAGUGCU